ACUUUAAGAUAACCCGGAAGUUAUUGUUAUAGCGGAUACGCACGAGUCUCAAUGUGACUUACUUUAGCUAACACUGGCGCACAAAGUAUACUAUUUUUAUUCCACAGCGUGUGUAUAAAAUGUUCCUCACUAGUGUAAACUUGGCCAAGGCUAAAUCAAAGACCAUCCUGGUGCAGAUGGUCAGCGCUGCGGGGACAGGCUACUUCUUCAAUACAAAGCGGAACCGUCUCCGAGACAAGCUGGUGUUGCGCAAACACGAUCCGUUUGUGAACAAACACGUCCUGUUCUUUGAGAAGAGAAAGAUCAGAUCAGUUUAACGACGCACUCAAAUUAUAUGGACAACUUAAAACUAUAAGGUUUAAAUAGACAAUUUGUACCUGGCUGUGGAUUCUGAGGUGUUUGUUUAUCAAUAUUUGUGACUCAUUGGAUAGUUUAUGUUCAGAGGAAUUGCGGGAUUUUUCAAUACGCCUCUACUCUUCUCACCCCACCAGCUCAGCAUGACAAACCCCAGAAGAGCUUCAACACAGUCUUUAUUAACACCACAUAAAACCAUAAAAGUGGUUUACUGAGACCAUCACAGCUGGUGUUGAUCUACAGCCUGUGAAGUAUUGCAUAACCUACAGUAUAUGUAAUGGCUUGUAUCAUGAUUUAUUUGGCUUACUUUGAAAUCAGUUAUGUGUUGUACAAGCUUGUUAACUAUUAAACUGAUUACAUUGAACAGGUAAAAUGAAAA